AUGGGUAUCCACAAACCCAAUCUAAAGCCACCUGAACCAAAUGUACUUUUCAAUAUCGGACGGUUCACAUCAUUAUCCUUCUCUAUAAAUAUAUAUCGAUCUAAUUGUUGGCCUCUCUCUUCUGCCUUCGGCGCUGUAAGCAGUAACCACUUAACACCGCUUGAGGGUUUUCUAGGGUUUCUAGUAUCAGCAAGUGUUUCUGCGAAAAUGGUUCUCCCUAAUGACAUUGAUUUGCUCAACCCUCCCCCCGAGCUUGAAAAGAGGAGGCACAAACUUAAGCGUUUGGUGCAGUCUCCAAAUUCCUUCUUCAUGGAUGUGAAAUGCCAAGGAUGUUUUAAUAUAACUACUGUUUUUAGCCAUUCGCAGACCGUUGUGGUUUGUGGGAACUGCCAGACGGUGUUGUGCCAGCCGACGGGUGGACGAGCUAGACUCACAGAAGGAUGUUCAUUCAGGAAAAAGGGGGACUGAGUGGUGUUCUACUUUGCUUUUCCUUCCUCAGUUGAUGCUAGUUGAGGUUAAAUGGGUUAGUUUCCAGAUGGAAAAUAUGAGGAUCUUUUUGGUUUUGGUCUACUAUAAGAUUUUGUUCGGAAAAUGGUUGACUUGUUACUAUCAAUCCACUUUUAAUGUGUUCGUUUGUAGUUUUACUUUGGUGCAGUGAAAUUUGAUUUUUCCUUGAAA